AGAAGCAAAGCAUCAUGAAGAGAGUUAUCUUAACCUAAAAGAAAAGCCUUUAGCAAAGUAUUUAUUGAAGUGUAAGAAAAGAAGAAAGCGAGGAAGAGAAAAUGAGAAAACUAAAUGAAGAACGAGUUGUUAUCGUAGGUGGUGGUAUUGCUGGUUCUAUCGUCGCUAAAUCUCUUCAAUUUCAUGCACAUGUCAUCCUCAUUGAUCCGAAGGAAUAUUUUGAGAUUACAUGGGCAAGUUUGAGGUCAAUGGUGGAACCAUCCUUUGCAGAAAGGACAUUGAUAAACCAUAGACAGUAUUUCACAAAAGGUGACCUUGUUACAUCCAGUGCUGUUAAUGUGACGGAAACCGAAGUAUUGACUGCAGACGGCCAAAAGAUUGCAUAUGACUAUCUUGUUAUUGCCACCGGCCAUGCAGACCCUGUACCCAAAAUUAGGAGCGAAAGAAUUCAUCAAUAUAAAGAAGAAAAUGAAAAGAUAAAGUCUUCUCGUUCGAUUCUGAUUGUUGGAGGAGGUCCUACUGGUGUAGAACUUGCUGGAGAGAUAGCUGUUGAUUUUCCGGAUAAGAAGGUUACACUGGUGCACAAAGGACCAAGGCUGUUGGAAUUCAUAGGCUCAAAAGCUGCUGAUAAGACUCUAAGAUGGUUGAAAUCUAAGAAUGUUGAGGUGAAGCUAAACCAAGCAGUCAACUUAAACAGUGACACAGAUGGACAUAACAAAAUCUAUCGAACUUCAGCAGGGGAUACCAUCGAAGCAGAUUGUCAUUUCUUGUGCACGGGAAAACCGUUUGGUUCGUCAUGGCUUAAAGAAUCUGUGUUGAAAAAUGACUUGGAUGUUCGGGGAAUGAUAAAGGUAGAUGAAAACUUGAGAGUCAGGGGUCGAAACAACAUUUUUGCAAUUGGAGAUAUUACAAACAUUCCGGAAAUCAAGCAAGGGUUUUUGGCACAGAAGCAGGCAGAAGUGGUUGCGAAGAACUUGCGGAUGAUGAUUGAGGGAGGUAAAGAAUGUUGGAGGGAAACAUACAAACCACAUUCAGUAUUGGCAAUAGUUUCACUUGGGAGGUAUGAUGCAGUCGCACAAUUGCCAUUCCUAACGAUAAGUGGAAGAAUUCCUGGCUACAUCAAGUCUGGAGAUUUGUUUGUUGGUAGAACAAGAAAACAAAUGGGGCUCAGCCCUCAUAUUGUAGAAACUUGACUUGAUAUUAUUAAAUGCUUAGUGUGUAUAAAUAAAUCUGUUUCGUAGUUUGUGUAAUAUGUAAUUUAUUUGAACAUGUAACUUUUUAUGCUGCUGAGAAAUAGUGUUUCUUGAGAUGUAAUUGUGCAAGAGUCAAAAGCUGGAUGUGGAUCAUGUUAAUGAAUGAUGCAUUAUUGUAGUUUUGAUA